CAAAAUUCAUCGCCACACCAAUAAAAAAAAAACCUUCCAUAUAUAAGUCGUAAAUAUUGUUCUCUAUAUCACAUUGUACAUUGGUCUUUAGAAGCUACAACUCUUGCUAUAAUAUUUUGAGUCAAGAAAAAGAUUAGGGCUUGUCCCCCUCGAAGACACACAUACAAAGGAUCGUUUUUGUCGCGAAAAUAAAGAAGAAAAAAUGGGAAUCGAAGGGACACUUGAUUUCUUGUCGGAUGUGUUUAGCGCUGCCCGAAGGAAGAAAAAGAGGCAGCUCAACAAAGUCGAUCUCAAGGUUCGAAUGGAUUGCGAAGGUUGCGGCCAUAAUGUUAAGAAUGUUCUCUCCACCCUCAAAGGAGCAAGAUCGGUGGAGGUGGACUGGAAGCAGCAGAAGGCGACGGUGUACGGAUUUGUCGACGCGAAGAAGGUUCUAAGGAAGGCGAAGAGGAUGGGGAAGAAGUGCGAGCCGUGGCCUUAUGUGCCUUACGAGCUGAUGGCGCAUCCCUACGCCCCGGGAGUCUACGACAAGAAGGCUCCUGCUAAUCACGUGAGGGGCACGGACGAGCCCGGCGUCGGCACUCUCAACCCUGUCGAGGAGAAAUACGCCCAAAUGUUCAGCGAUGACAACCCCCACGCCUGCUCUAUUAUGUAGAUAUAUAUACAUAUACAUAUAUAUAUAUAUAUAUUGUAGACUCUCUCUCUCACUCUCUCUCUCUCUAUAUAUAAUAUAUAUAGGUAUGUAUGUUUGUGUGUUUAAGGGUGUGUUUCUUUUGAUGAGUUUGGAAAAAAAAUUAUUUUCGAUUUGACAUAAAAAUAAUAUUUGAUGUGA